UAACUCUCGAUUAGGACAAGCCAGAGCUGAGGAGAAGGUCUCAGGAGAUGAAGAAUCCACAGAACAAUGCUUCACAAUUCUCUUUAUACCAAAGAACAAACAAUCACACUACAUAUUGACCCUUACUUAUCAACUUAUGACUAGCAAUGCAACAGUAAAUUACACAAUGAGAUGUGAGAGCCAUCAAGUAGACUCUCCGUCCAGCAGUUCCAGAUUUUAGCAUAUGAGUGGUGGGGGCAGAAUGACACCCAGCCUUACACUACAGUCAGUCAAUUCUUAGGUCUCCACCUUACAGAGUGUAAUGCUGCCAUAAACAGCCUUCAGUGAAAAUGUGUUACAUUGUCUAUUGGCUAUGUCAGUACAGUCAGUUGAUUACCAGCAGAGGGUGCAUUCAUGUGAUAGCCUACCGUAUCAAAUCAGUUUUAAACUUGUUCCUUGCAAACUUGUCCUGCAGUCUGACUUGGCCCAUGACACCGACAGUGCACAUGGGUUAGAUGUAGUUUAUCUCACAGUGAAGGAUCAUUGGUUCUAAAUGCUGGCUGCACCAAACCCUGCAGUUGGCAGGUUACAUUCCUUAGUGUGUGGCACCUUAGGACCUGCUCUACUGGUUUAGGGAGGAUCUGUAGAAUCUACAAGAGACUUUAUACAACCUGCCAGAUCAAGUAAAUCAUAAGACAGUAUUUCACAGACAAACAACAGGACAACAGAUAGCACAGACAAAGCUAAAAACCCAUGGAUACUUCCAAAGGAGCAAUAAGUCCAGAAAAUAGGAGGCGGAGGCGUAAAAGCAAGGAUGUCCCCCCUGAGAUGAGGAUUGUUCUUCUGGGGAGGAAUGACAGAGAGAAGAGCAUUGUGGGAAACCUCCUCCUGAACAGAGAGGCGUUUGACCUCAGCUCUGUUCUAAACCAGACUGAGAGAGACAGGGGAUUGGUGGAGGGAAGAUGCUUCACUGUGGUCAACACUCCAGACCUGUUACACCCAGAUAUCUCUAAUGAUAAACUGUCAGAGGAACUGCAGCAGUGUGUAACUCUGUCUGCACCUGGACCUCAUGUGCUCCUCCUGGUGGUGACACCUGAAGAGUUCAAUGAAGAGGAAAAAAACAAAAUCAGAAACAUUUUGAAUGAUUUAAGUGAAAUGGCCCAUAACUACUCUAUGGUGGUGGUAAAUGCUGGACGAGACAUGGGAACCUGUAUGGAUGAUAAUCCUCAGGUACAGCAACUGACUAAAGAAUGUGGACAGAGGUACUUGGAAAUCACCAACAGUCGCUAUGACCUUUUGUCAAAUAUAGACAAGAUUGUGAAAGCAAACGGAGGAAAACCACUUAUAUGUCAGUUUGAAGAUUCUCAAAGUGACACUUCAGGGGAAAAGAAAAUGCAUGAGAGUCAAACUGAACUGAGCUUCAAAGUAACUUCAGAAGAUUGUGGUGGAGAACAAAGAGAAACAACAGAGCCCAUAUCAGCAACACUCAUAAAAACUGUCUCAGAAAAUAGGAGCCAGAGACGUAGAAGCAAGGACUUCCCCCCUGAUAUGAGGAUUGUUCUUCUGGGGAGAAAUGGCAGAGAGAAGACCAUUGUGGGAAACCUAUUCCUGGGUACUGAGGGAUUUCAUCCCAAUGAUUUACAACAUACUCUUAGAAUCAGAGCCGAGGUGGAGGGAAGAUGCUUCACUGUGGUCAACACUCCAGACCUGUUACACCCAGAUAUCUCUCAUGAUAAACUGUCAGAGGAACUGCAGCAGUGUGUGACUCUGUCUGCACCUGGACCUCAUGUGCUCCUCCUGGUGGUGACACCUGAAGAGUUCACUGAGGAGGAGAGGAACAGAAUUAGAAACAUUAUUGAUUCUAUAAGUGCAAAGUCCUGUGACUACUCAAUGGUGGUAGUAACUGCUGGACUCAACAGAGAACGAGACAUGGAAACCUGUGUGGAUAUAAAUCCCCAGUUACAACAACUGAUUGGAGAAUGUCAACAGAGGUACUUGGAGCUCAAACGCUCUGUUGACCGUGCUGAACUUGUAUCAAGUAUAGACAAGAUUGUGGAAGAGAACAGAGCACUUUGGGAACACCUCACCUGUGAGCUGCACAAACAGUCUAAAGGAGGAGCAACAACAGAGAGAGGCGCAGAAGCAGAAAAGAAGGAAUCGGGGAAAUGGAAAGAAUGGGGUGACUAUGGGUUAUCAUUAAUUUCAAAGGCCUUGCCAGCCUGGCCCGCUUCAAGCACUCAAAAGAAAGAUGAGUCAUCACUUAGAAUUGUGCUGCUGGGAAAGAGUGAUGAUAAGAAGGCUAUGGCUGCAAACAUUAUUCUGGGGAAGGAUUGUGGUACCUUUAAUCUACCAAGAGUCUCCACUAAAACAUGUGUGUCAGCCAGUGCACAUGUGAACGGCAAGAACAUAACAGUUGUGAAGACACCAGACCUCUUAGGUCAAAGUCUGACAGUGGAAGUUCUGGUGAAUGAGAUGGAAAAGUGUUUGUCCCUGUCUGCUCCUGGUCCUCACGUGUUCUUACUUCUGCUGAAACCACAAAAAUUCACAGGAGUGAACAACAAAAGAUUAAGAUGGAUCCUGAGCCAGUUUGGUAAAGAUGCUCUCAAACACUCUCUGGUGAUCACAACAGAUAAAGGAGAAGAAAAAAAUCUCUGUGUGACUCAGAUCCUCAGAGAUUGUGGAAGACGUCAUUACAAAAUGGUACAUGGAGGCGACAACACAGAGUUAACAAAUAAGAUAGACGAGAUGGUGAGAGGAAAUGGGUGGAGGUAUCUGAAACAUGAUGAAGGUAAAAAAGAGACACCACAGCCACAGCUAGAGGGUAACAUUCCUAUAAUGAACUUGGUCCUGUGUGGGAGGAGAGGAUCUGGGAAGACUUCCACAGCCGACACCAUACUGGGUCAGAGAGAGACCAGGCCAGAGUCUCUCUCCUCAGCAGUGUGUGUGAAGAGAGAGGGAGAGGUGUGUGGACGCUGGCUGACCCUGGUGGAGAUGCCUGCUCUGUAUGGAUCAACCCUCACUGUGAUGCGUGAGACUCUCCGCUGUGUCUCUCUGUGUGACCCUCCUGGAGUCCAUGCUUUCCUCCUGGUGGUGCCUGUGGGUCCACUCACUGAUGAAGAUAAGGGAGAACUGCAGACCCUGCAGGACAUCUACGGAUCAAGAAUCAAUCACAUGGUUCUGUUCACAGUAGAAUCUGACCCUACAGCUAAACCUGUGACUGAUUUUGUGAAAAACACUGAAGACAUCCAGCAGCUACUCCAGAGCUGUGGGGGAAGAUAUGAGAUCCUAAAUUUAACGGAUGUUAGAAACAACCCAUCUGUGUCUAAAGUCCUGGAGAAGGUGAAGGGACUGAUGACUGAUAGUAACUUUAGCUUCUUCACAAGGGACAAGUUACAUGAGACACAAGCUGAAAAGAUCAUACAACUUCAGGCUGAGCUGAAACAGAGAGAUGUAGUGAUGAAGUUGAAAGAGAAGACUCAGCACAGUUGUGAUGAGGAGCAUCAAAGUAAGAAACAACUCAGGAUUGUGCUGAUAGGGAAGACUGGAAGUGGAAAGAGUGCCACAGGCAACACUAUCCUAGGCAGGGAGGUGUUUAUAUCCAAACCAAGUGGAAAUUCUGUGACCAAGUGUUGCCAGAAAGAAGAGAUAGUGGUGGAUGGUCGGUCUGUUGCAGUAGUCGACACCCCAGGCUUGUUUGACACAACUCUCAGUAAUGAUGAUGUUGAGCAGGAGAUUGUAAAAUGCAUCAGUCUUUUGGCUCCAGGGCCUCAUGUGUUCUUACUCAUCCUGUCAAUCGGCCGAUUCACACAGGAAGAGCAAGAAACAGUACAACUGAUCAAGAGAGGCUUUGGGAAGAAAUCUGGCCAUUUUAUCGUUGUUGUGUUCACUGGAGGCGACAACCUAAAGAAACAGACAAUUGAAAACUAUAUUUCAGAAGACUGUGAUGACAGGGUCAAAAAACUAAUUAAAGACUGUGGAGAGAGAUAUCAUGUCUUCAAUAACAAUGAUACAAACAACCGCUCUCAGGUCAGUGAACUGAUCAAGAAGAUUGAUGAGAUGGUGAAAAACAAUGGAGGAGAAUGUUACACCAAUGACAUGUUCCAGGAAGCUGAGGCUGCUAUCAAACGUGAAUUUAACAAGAUUCUGAAGGAGAAAGAAGAAGAGAUGCAGAGGGAGAAGGAGACACUGCAGAAGAAUCAUGAGACAGAGGUGAAAGAGAUGAAGAACAGACUGGAGGAACAGAGAUUAGAAGUUGAAAAGGAGAGAAAACUAAAAGAACAACAGCUAAAAGAAAAGGAAGAAUUAAUUGAGAAGGAGAAAAAAAGAAUAGAAGAAGAAGAAUCUGAAAGGCUUUUAAGGGAAAGGGACCGGAGGGAGGAAGAACAAUCAGAAAAAGAGAGAAUUGAAAGAUUGUAUAAGGAGAUGAAAAUGGAGCUGGCAGAUCAACUUGAAAUUUGUGAGAAAGAAAAAAAAGAGGAUUGGGAAAGAAGACUGAGAGAAGAUGAACAGAGAAGACAGGAAGAGCGAAACAGACUGAGAAAGCUUCAGGAGGAGUUUGACAGAGAACGUGAAGAAGAGAACAGCAGGAGAAAGAAAGAGGAUCGACACAGGAGAGAAGAGGAGGAGAAAGAGCGCAAAGAAAUGGAGAAAGAAUAUGAGGGGAAAAUACAGAGCAUGAGGAAGAAAUAUGAAGAUGAAGCAAGAAAGCAAGCUGAAGAAUUCAAUGAGUUCAAAAAGAAAUACGCUAGGGACUUUGAAGCCCUCAUGGAGAAACAUGACAUGGAAACAAAAGAACUUAGAUUGAAGUAUCAUGAACUCUCUCAGCGUAAAGACAGUAUGCUAAAAGAACAAAUGGAUAAUUUAAGAGCAGGACAUGACACCCAGUAUCAGCUCCUUCAGGAACUUUCUAGCCACAAAGAGACAACAUUGAAAGAGAAAAUGGAUGAAUUGAGGAAAAAACAUGAACAUGAGUCAGCAGCCUUGAAGAAUGCAUAUGAACAAAAGGCAAAGAGUGGCUGUGUUAUUCUUUAGUAAGGACAUCAUUCUCUACAAUGUCUAUUUAGAGGUUAUAUGGGGGUUUCUUACCCCCUGCUUAAGACUGUAGUUGUUAGUCAACCUUUAUUGCAGAUACACAAGCAGAUACAUACAUGUUUUAGUCAAAUUGCAACAGAGCAAAACUGACUGUAUCUACAAUUACUCCUGACAUAUGUGAUGUACUGCGCCACAUUUCUACAGCCUUUAUUGUGUAAUGUAGGUUUUUUUGCCACUGAUGCAAAUGGCUUUGUUGGCUUAUUUUCUUACAAUACAUUUUAAAAGACAAUAAUAGUAAUCACAUUGCCUUAGUGUUUGGUGCAUACCUGAACAAAGCAAAUUAAUUUAAUGCGAGAAGGGUAUGCUUUGGUCUACAUGUUUUUAAAGUAAUGUAAAUGCUGGUUGUGUGUCUGUGUACAUACAGAGAAAUGUUAAUAGGCUGUGAAGGGUUAUGACAGUAAGGAAGGGUUAUGACAGUAAGGAAGGGUUAUGACAGUAAGGGGGUAUGAAGUGAAUCAAACAUAGAUAUGUUACUCCAUGUAAGCAAUGGUAGACUGGCAUAGCUGUAUAAGUGCCUUCUGCUCAGCGAUGUUUAUCUUUGGUAAUAUUUUUGCUACCAAUUUAACUAAAUAAGUCCUAAUGUAUUAUGUUCUUUUUAUAUUGGGGAAGUUAUGUGUUACCCAGGGUUACAGGGCACAAAUUAAUUAAAUGUAAAAUAAAAUUAUUUAUAAAGAGUUACAAAUAAAUAACUAUUAUAUUCACAAAAGUAAUAUACAAGAACUAUUAUUUAUUUGUUGAUUAAGAAAAGUGAUGCCGGUGUGGUUUUGUCCCAGGUUGAUGCUGUGGAUCCAUGUACAUAUUUGUUUUAUGUUUUUAUGUUGGGAUAACUUGCUGUGAAUGUGCAUCUUUCGGGGUGCAGGCGGGAAAGUUUGGGGUCUCGCGCGCUCUCGCGCGGAGAAAGGAAGGCUAACCGAACUAGAGGGAUACGAGAGACGAGGGACCAGAAAGAAAGAAAAACAAAUAGCAUUUUACUGAGAAGAAAGAAAGAAAGAGACGAAGAUAUUGAUUUGGUUAGCUAGUAAUAUAUGUUAUUGUUUUGUGAAUGAGUAUCGAUUGAGAGAAUAUUUGUUAUUUUUCUUGUUUUCUUGUUUUCCUGAAGUGGUUUGUUUUUACGGUGGGCUAGCCGAAGAAGCUCUGCUACAGUACGGUUGGAGAACUGUUACAGUAGCUGCCUCAGCUGUGUCCUUUUUUUCUUUUCUUCUACAUUUUUCUACAUUCCUUGGGGAGAAUCCAGCGAACUGACUUGGAUUUCUGCUACACCCGAUCGGUUCUUUGAGUACCAGUGUUGGAGUGGUGUGAACUGGAGAGCCUUACCGAGUCAUCUAGUUACGGGUUGCUAGCUACUGUGGCCAACUAUCUGCAGGCUGCCUGAGAGAUCAAGCAGAAAGAGCCUUGCUACGACUGGUAGGACAAGAGCCUGAUUCUAUUUGAUUUGUUUUGUGACUACCCCAGAGCCAUAGAAAAAGAGAGUUGCGACACGCUCUGAUCUC